AUGUGGUCCCCCAUCCAGCAUGCCUUCCUGCUGGUCCUGCUGGUCUCGUCGUACGGAGCCGCCCAGCCCAGCGCACCCAUAUACCAGCACUACGACAUCGGGAGCGCCAAGGCUUACCAUUUCCGCACCACCGAAAACUGGGCCAAAGACAACGACGUUCGUGGCAGCGCAAAGAUCCAGUCUAUCAUGCAGAAGAUGCACCUGAAUGGCCUGUUCACGGCCGUUGUCAUGCCGAAGACGGCCAUGAGUAUCGUUGGUGAGCGCGAAGGCAGUACGGUUAUCCCCAGCUACUUCUUCAAGCACGUAGAGCCGAACAAGGAUUACAUCUUUAUUGAUGGCGGCUUCUUUAUUAAGCCGGCCCGAGACGAUCCGAAAUCGAACGCUGACAAGAAUCUCCGGCUUGACGUGGACAAGCCGCUGCUCUCACCAGCAGAGAUCUCACGCAUGGGGUACUGGACGGUCGGUCGGUCUACUAUUAAGCCUGGUUAUGUCGAACCCCCUAAGGCGGACCGGCCCUGGUACCACAAGUUUACCGGCGACGACGGGAGCUACUUCUACACGGCGCCGUCGCUUAAGGGCGACGACUCGUUAGACUACACCAAGCACCAACAGCUACGCUACUUUCUUGACAAUGACCGAAAACAUCGCUCGAUCGAGUCCAGCACACCGGGCGGCCUGGCCACUUCAAACCAGCCGAACGAGCGGGCUGCUGCGAUGGAGCUGCCCGACAAGACCCGUGUGGUCUUUGCGUACAAUUCGGGCCGCCCCGAGGGUCUCCGCAUAGAUGAGUGGCAGAAGCUUAUCGACACGUUUUCACGUGAGUAUUUGGGCAAGGGCGUUGGAGAGUCGAAAUUCACGUUGAACCUCGACGGCGGUGGGAGUAUUUAUAUCGGCUGGGUGCGCAACAACGAGUGCAAGCUACUAGCCUUGGGCGGCAUUGAGGGGAAGCUGCCUGCGCUUCCUUACUUGCCCCCCUCUAGUAAGACCCACCGACCUAUGGCGACUAUGGUGAAGUUUGAGCUCCAGUGA